AUGACUAUUCAUAUGAAUCUCAUACGAUUGCGACCACGACAACGGAAGGGCUUCCAGUCGAGCACAUCUUAUCCAGUUUGCAGGCCUAACAAGAGCAGAUGGCGAUCCCGGAACAAAUAAUUGAGCCUCUUGACAUUCAACCCGCCCCUUACACAGAACCCAAAUAUCCAACAGGCUCUAAGUUUUGGUGCACCGUCCUUGCAUUAUGUAUGGUUAUGAUUCUAGGAGGUUUAGACGCCAAUAUAGUCGCUACGGCUGUGCCGAGCAUCACCAACCACUUCCACACUGUUGCUGAUGUGGGAUGGUACUCAUCCGCAUUUCGACUCUGUACCUGCGCAUUUCAAUUCGGGUUUGCGAAGCUGUAUAAACAUUUCUCCAUCAAAAUCAUCUUCUUGUUAAGCAAUUUCAUUUCCCUCGUUGGCUCCUUACUCUGUGCCACAGCUACUUCGUCGACUAUGUUCAUUGUAGGGAGAGCGGUUACGGGUCUGGGGUUCUCAGGGGGUUUGGCUGGGUGUUUUGCCGUCGUAACGCAUAUCCUACCCCUCAACAAGAGGCCGGUGUUUGCGGGUUCGAUGGCAUGUGUGGAAUCACUUGCCAUAAUUUCGGCACCUAUAGUAGGUGGUGCAUUGACGCAGUCUCUGGGAUGGAGGAUCAAUCUCCCUAUUGGUGGUGUAUCGCUGGUGAUCCUACUUUUGCUUUUCUCGGAUCCAAGAAGUAGGGAAGAGGAUGACCUCACAUUCGCUGAAAAGAUCAGAGAGAUCGAUCUCGUCAGCAAUUGCCUAUGCAUCCCAUCUUUAACAGCACUUUUCCUUGCCCUAUCUUGGGCUGGAACGAAAUAUCCUUGGUCAGAUGGGAAAGUGGUUGCAUUAUUCAUUAUCUUUGCUGUUCUACUCGCCGCUUUUCUCUUCAAUCAAUACCGACGCGGAGACUCGGCAGCACUCCCUUUUCGUAUUAUUAAAAACCGAAACGUCAUUGCUGGCUUCGUCUUCACGGCGUGCACUAACUCUAUGACGAACGUCUUGGAGUGGUACUUGCCAACGUACUAUCAAGUCGUUCGAUGCCAUACCCCAAGCGAGAGCGGCUACCUGAUGAUCCCCAUCCUUGUUGGAAUGAUGCUCGGUCUCUUACUCCAAGGUAUCGGCACUACGAUUUUCGGCUACUACGCUCCCUUCAUGAUCUUCGCUUCCAUGUGUAUGCCAGUUGCCGCGGGUUUGAUGACAACAUACGAUUUGCACUCGCCCCUAGCGAAAAUCAUCUUAUAUUCCGGAUUUGUAGGCUUCAGUGGAGGCAUUGGCUUCCAAGGCCCCCAGGCGGCUAUGCAGACGACAUUAAGUACCACAGACGUCAACCUUGGGAUCGGGGUCAUAUUAUUCGGACAGAGCAUCGGUCCGGCCGUGUUUAUAGCUAUUGCACAGGUGAUAUUCACGAAUAAAUUGUCGUCAAGUUUGGAAAAUGUUAUACCUGGUUUGUCACCUCCUUAUAUCGAACAACAUGGACUUGGCGAUAUUAAGAACGGGGUUCCUGCGCAGCAAUUGGAUGAGGUUUUGAGAGGUAUCGAUCGGAGCUUGACGCAUACUUGGUACCUCCCUGUGGCUUUGGCUUGCACGACGACGGUGGGGAGCCUCUUGAUUGAGUGGCGCUCGGUCAAACAGAAACAGUCGUGAAGGGAGGCACGAAACAAGAAUUCGGAUAUACAAGUUUGAAGAUAACCCUGUCUUUAGCAGUAAAUCUGGUACCCAGUCAAACGA